CAAGAACCACAGAACCCCGACACUCUCUCUCGCUCACAAUCUCUCUUAAGUCUUAACCAAAGACUAAUCAUGAAUGCUUUGAGAAACCUAAGGAAGAACAUGGCGUCACUGUCGCUCUCGUCCAAGCGUGGUACCUCUUCAUCUUCAUCAAGCUCCUCGUCUGCCUUCGACUUGUCACCCAAAGAAAUUGAAAAGUACAGGGGCAUGACGAUAUUUGACAUAUCAUUACGUCUACAGAUAAACGGUCCUUUCCUUGUCGACGCAUACAAACUGGAUAACCAAGCUAACGACAUACUAAUGAAGGCGAGGGAGGCUGAAACAAAAUACAAAGCGUUCAUGAAGUUGGCUGAAGCAAACAAUAAUAAUGAGGAUUACAUUAGGUUGGCAAUCAAUGCAAAGAAUGAAAGUGAUGAUCUUCUUAAAGUCAGGGAGGAGAAGAUGCGAAAGGCUGACGAAAUUAGGAACUUCAAGGCUAGUAUUCCCGGAAGGUCGAGGGCAAUAUUUCGCAUGUUAGGUCUAUGUUUUAAGUGUUUCACAAGCAAUUUGAAGUAUGCUUCUGCCCCGUAUUAAUAUAUAUAUAUAUUACCAAGAACAUUAUUCACAUCAAGUAAUUUUUGUUCUUGAUUCUUUAGAAUCUGAAUUAAACAUGUUUUCUGACA